UUGUGGACGCGCACUGACACAUGCCCGCGCACGCCCUGCUCAUGUAAUUAAAACGUGAACGAGCACGUGCGCGUACUCGUAUUCUUUGUGUGGCAGCAAAGAGAAGCGCCAAAAGAGUAACCAUGGCAGAUGAAAAACCAAAGGAAGGGGUGAAGACAGAAUGCAAUGAGCACAUAAACCUGAAGGUGGCAGGUCAGGAUGGCUCUGUGGUGCAGUUCAAGAUCAAAAGACACACUCCUCUCAUCAAACUCAUGAAGGCCUACUGCGAGAGGCAGGGUUUGUCUAUGAGGCAAAUCAGGUUCCGGUUUGAUGGGCAACCAAUAAAUGAGACAGACACGCCAUCACAGUUGGAAAUGGAAGAUGAAGAUACAAUUGAUGUGUUUCAACAACAGACGGGAGGCUACUUUUAAAGUCGUGUGCAUCACAGGUUUCCUCAAUAGCCACUUCCUUGUUCACGAUCAUUUUUGCAGGAAAAAAUAACUAUUUUCUCUGCAAGGCAAACCUGCUGUAUAGUAUUAUUUCCUUUUGUUGCCAUGUACAUAAACUAUCUUCUCUAUGGUCUUUGUUUGUUGCUGUAUUGGAGUUCCUUCUAAUGUGGAGGACAAAUACCCACAAAAUGGUGGUGACUGUAGAAAUAUAUAUAAUGAUAUUUGCAAAGGUUUGUUGGAUUCAUGUUUCUGUCUGAAAUCCGUUCCAUACGUUUGAGACCACUUUCUUUACACACAGUUUGAGAAUGUGGAUUGUCCCUUGGUUUCUUUUGACAGCACACAUGCUUUUGAUUUUAUUAAUUUUAUAUGGUAGUGGUUGAUUUGACUGUUCUCAUUAUUAUAAUA